UUCAUUUGCAAUUUUGAAUCUAUAUCCUCCACUUAAAUGUCCAAACUUGACCUGGUAUUUGUGUCCUUGUUGGCAUUUGACCCUUUUUUAGAUAUUUCAAUAGCUUCUUGAUGAGAUUUUACACUAUUGAGAAGAUUUUUGUGUUAGUGAUGUCACUCAAUUGCGUCCUUUUCUUUCACUGAUUGGAUAAGAAUUCAAAUAUCUGAAUUAAGGUAGUUCUCUCUUUCACGCAUCAUCAUCUUUCUUCUUCUACACUUUUUGGGAUAAGUGUCUUCCAUCAUUGGCUUUCCGCCACAAGACAUAAGUAAGGAACAAAAAGAGGACUAGCAAAAAAGAAAAAAGAUAAGGCAAAGUUUAAGCUUUCAAUUGGACAAUCAUAGUGCAACAAUCAUUGUGCAUUAUUAGUACCAAAGAAGUUGAUAUCCAUUAUAAGAAUAUUUUUCAAAUUCAUCGUACAUCAAUAUUAAUUCUUCGAAAUAGUGUGGGCCGACUCGGAGACCUGGGAUCUUGGCUUAGUAAUGAAUGAAGGGAAGCUCUUCAAGCUUUCUACGCCAACGGCUUAUGUAGUGAUCGGCCUUGGGGAAUGUUUUGGGAGACGACCUCCCGCCGCGAUAAUAGGAGCUUUCCCUUUCCUUUAUGUUACACAAGAUGCGCAAUGGAAUAGUACGAGGUGACUGAUUACAUUAGAUAUAAUAUAAAAAUAAAAAAUACUGAAAAUUCUUUAUAUUUUUUACUGACAUGAUUUUUUUAAAUAUGAUUAAAGUUACAUCAACACUGAAAAUAGAAGUGAGACAGAGGAAUUACUGUUAUCCACCUUGGUUACGAAAUAAAUCCCACCUAGUGGUCCCAUGGAGUAGACGGAGCAUUAGAACCAGACACGUUAACACAUGUUGCAUGCAUAUAAGAUAUCCCAGUAAGUAUUGAAAACGAAAGCAACAAGGCAUAAAUGAAACCGGAACUUGGUAAUUUGGAAAUUCAAAGCUUACACGUUAAUCAUUUUACUGUUUAAAACGACUCAAUGCAUAACAAUUAAAUUCUUCCAAUUCCUGAACAGUAGAGAAUUAUAAAAUGAUAGCGUUUCCUCAACCGAUUCACACGGCUGCUGGCCCCGCCGCUGCCGUUGUUAGUCGGCCGCAGCGGCGGCUGAGAUCAGUCUGCGGCGGCGGUGGUGAUAGAAGGACACCUAAGCCAUCGGUUUGUACGGCAGAUGAGCUUCAUUAUGUUCCCCUUCCCAACAAUCAAUGGAAACUCGCUCUAUGGCGCUACUUGCCUUCACCUCAGCGGAGCCGCAGGAAUCAUCCUCUGUUAUUGUUGUCUGGAGUGGGCACUAAUGCCAUUGGCUAUGAUCUUGCUCCUGGUUCAUCUUUUGCACGAUAUAUGUCUGGGCAAGGAUUUGAUACUUGGAUUCUUGAAGUUCGAGGAGCAGGCUUGAGCGCAAAAAAUAGUCUGGAGGAACUAAAGGAGCCUCUCCAAGGUUUACGAGAUGCAGCACAAGUUUCUGCCAUCACGAGCCAACUAAGGGAAUUUGGUCACAGACUUGGAAAUAUUGUUGAUGAAAGUCAACAACUAAUCACUCAGUUUACUGGUUUGCAAAACCGCUUUUCUAUUACACUAGAAGAUUUCUGGAAACAGCUUCAACUGAUUGGGAAGUAUAACUGGGACUUCGAUCAUUACUUGGAAGAAGAUGUGCCUACAGCGAUGGACUACAUAAGGAACCAAAGCAGACCAAAGGAUGGAAAGUUGCUCGCUAUUGGCCAUUCUAUGGGAGGUAUCUUGCUGUAUGCAAUGCUCUCACAAAAUGGUUACAGAGGGAAGUGCACUGAGUUGGCUUCAGUCAUCACUUUGGGUUCAUCACUGGACUACACUACUUCACGGUCAUCUCUGAAAACGCUUAUACCCUUUGUAGAUCCUGCACAAGCUGUGAAUCUUCCAGUUGUUCCACUCGGAGCAUUACUCGCAGCCAUCUAUCCUCUUGCAUCUUAUCCUCCGUAUAUCUUAUCAUGGUUAAAUCCUCAGAUAUCUGCGCAAAAUAUGAUGCAUCCGGAAUUGUUUGAGAGGCUUGUCUUGAAAAACUUUUGCACUAUUCCUGCUAAACUUCUGUCGCAGCUAUCAACAGCCUUUGAAAAGGGGGGACUAAGGAAUAGAAGUGGGACUUUCUUUUACAAGGACCAUCUUCACAAAAUCAAUGUGCCUGUUUUAGCUCUUGCAGGAGACAGAGACCUUAUUUGUCCUCCUGAAGCUGUGUAUGAAACUGUCAAGCUGAUUCCUGCGAACUUGGCCACGUAUAAGGUUUUUGGUGAACCUUGGGGUCCACACUAUGCCCAUUAUGAUCUAGUCGGUGGACGAAUGGCAUACUAUCAAGUAUAUCCACGUAUAAUUGAAUUCCUUAGUCGACAUGAUAUCUCUUGAUCUCCAGAGUGUAGCUCUCUGCAUCCAGUUCCAUGUGAAGGUUUAGCAGAUAACUUGACCUCUACCACAGUGUAGGUAUCAUGUGACAGCGGGAGAAGCUGAAACCUUUAAUCCUUCAUCCGGUGCCUGGGAUCAUGAGAUGGAUGUAAAAACCAGGAGACCAUGCAAGCCAUAUUAGUAGGAGGUAUACGAUCAUUGAGGUUCAAAGAUGAGUGAUAUGAACCAUUGUGGGCCAGGGCGCACAGUAUUAGGUACGGGUUUGGCCGAAUCCACUAGCUUUUGCAUAGACCUUGUAUUUAUUAGGAAAUUCAUUAAAUAUGUACAAAUAUUUUAUUGCGAAGCCAGUAACUAAACAAACUAUGUGUAUGUCGGCAUAAUUCAAAUCCUGGCUCCGCCUUUGAUGGUGGAUGAGAGAUGUGUAGAAGUUCAAUUCACUCAUAAAGCAGCUUGUAUUUAGGGCCAUUGAGUGAUUUGAGUCUGUCAUUGCAGAAUCACCGGAUUAGAACCAAUACCAGUGCUCUCGAAGUUUUUGUUUUGGUGGUAUAGGUAUGGAGGAGUUUGCUUGUAUAUGCUUUACUAUAUUUUUUUCUACUUUGAUUUGACAUC